CCUUUACCAAAUUACAUCCUUCACCCGAAAGUCUACUAUGUCUCUCAAAGUUGGUGAUACAAUCCCAGAGGGUAGCUUCAAGUACAUUCCGUACACCUCUGAGCUCGAGGACAGCGUGACUACCGCUCUGUCAACCAACGAAUGGAAGGGCAAGAAAGUCGUCCUGUUCUCCGUACCCGGAGCGUUCACUCCCACCUGCCACGCCAACCACUUGCCUGGUUAUCUUCAGAACUACGAUGCGUUCAAAGCGAAGGGUGUUGAUGUAAUCGCUGUUGUUGCUGCCAAUGACGCCUUCGUCAUGAGCGGCUGGGGCCGAUUUGAAGGUGUCAAGGAUAAAAUCCUUACGCUCACUGACACCGACGCAAAGUGGUCUGCUAGUCUUGGUCUUGACAAGGACUUGAGUGCUGCCGGUCUUGGCCAUCGCACCUGGCGAUUCGCCAUUGUCAUUGACGACCUCGUCGUCAAGUACAUUGGAGUCGAGCCUGGCCCCGGUGUAACUGUCUCUGGCGCUUCCGAAGUCCUCGCCAAAUUAUAAACGAGCGCUGAAUUAUAACCAGUCUAGUUGAAGGUGAUCCGAUUUCGCAAAACCAAACUUGAUGGUACAAAGAAAUUGAAUGUAUAACGUUCGCUUGUAAUUAUACAAUAUGUAAAACAAAACCCAGCCGGGGAAA